AUGGCCGUUCACUCUCUUUCAACCCCUUUCAACUUUACGCUUCCUUCCAGCUCCGGUAGCUCCAUUAAAAAGCCCAUCAAAUCAGUCUCCAAACCCUGCUUUGGUUGUGAUUGCGGCGACGAAGACCAAGAACACGGACUUCUCGUGCCUGUGAUUCCUGUUACAAAAGAAAGAUUAAAUGUGAUGCGGCGCUUCCGCAGUGUAAUUGGUGUAGCCACCAUAAUAUUCCCUGCACAUUCGACAGAGUAG